AUGAGAUUGAAGAAGAGUUCUUGUUUUGUAUCUCAGUUUCUCUCUUUUUUACACGCGCAAAUUAAAUUUAAACAAACAAAAAAUAAGGUCGGUUAACCCGGUAAAUUUCGGCCCGGCGCGCCGCUACAGCUAUGUGAGGGAUUGCGUCGGAGGAUCUUUGCCGAGAUCUCGGAGUGUUUGUAAAUAUUUAUUUAAAUAAUUUGUGGGGGGAGAGAGAGAUAGAGGGAGAGAGAGAGAAGCACUACUGCUCAAGUGAGUAGAGGAGGGGAGUUGGAGAGAGAGUACGAACACUAGUCUCAGUGCCAGCUGGACAGGCUGAAAAUUUCCUGAGACUCUCUUUCCUCCGAACUGGAUCAAUGAUGGAAUUGCAAACAUUACAGGAAGCCUUGAAACUGGAAAUACAAGUCCAUCAGAAACUUGUUGCCCAGAUGAAGCAGGACCCACAGAAUGCCGAUCUGAAGAAGCAACUUCACGAGCGCCAGGCGAAAAUCACGGCUCUGAGUGAGAAACAGAAAAAAGUGGUUGAGCAGUUGCGGAAGGAGUUGCUGGUAAAGCAGGAGCCCGAACUGAAACCCCAGAUCCUCACGGCGUCCGCAGAUGGCAAAGCCAUCUUGCUUACGCCUGCCUGCCCACCUGCGCAGCUGCAGACGGGGACUACACACAACCAGGGGGCGCCACAGAAGACUCUAACCGUGACGCCGGUCAUCACCACAAAGACUCUACCUCUCGUGCUGAAAGCUGCCACCCCCACCAGGCCUGCUUCCAUGGCAACACAAUGCCCCACCGUCGCCAUGGUCACUGCCAUCAGCAACCCCCCAAGACCCGGCGCCAAUUCUGACUCCCAGAGCACACCAAUCAACCUUCAGGUGGCCGGCAAAUUGCCCAAUCAGGACACAGAAACCGCCACACGGAUUGUGUCGAAGAAUGUUAUUGUUGUGCAGGCCACCACCACCUCUGCCCAGCCCAUCAAAGUUCCCCAGUUUGUCCCUCCUCCUAGACUGACGCCUCGACCCACCUUUCAGCCACAGGUUCGAUCGAAACACCCCGUGCCCAACAAUGUGCCCAUCGCUCCGGCCCCUCCACCCAUGGUGGCAGCUCCUCUGAUCCAACGGCCCCUGAUGCUCGCCACCAAGCUUACGUCAUCUUUGCCUGCCUCUGCCGGGCCUAUCCAUCAAGUACGCAUCGUGAAUGGACAGCAGUGCACCACGGUCGACAAGACCAUGGUCACGGGUGGCACGGCGCAAGUCACGGGCAUCGUCAUCAGCCCGGCGCAAACACUUCAGAUCAGCAACCUUAACUCUGACACGAAGACUGUGAAACUGCAGGGAGGAGCAGAACAGGUGCUCACAAGCCCACCAUCCUCCUCCUCUCCUCCUCUUCCUCCCACACCCGCUAAGGUCAAACGAGAGGAAAGCCCGCAGAAACUUGCCUUUAUGGUGUCUCUUGGGUUGGUCACACACGACCAUCUUGAAGAGAUUCAGAGCAGAAGGCAAGAACGUAAGAGAAGAACAACAGCGAACCCAGUGUACAGCGGAGCAGUGUUCGAACCCGAGAGGAAAAAGAGUGCCGUUACUUAUUUGAACACUCCUCUGCAUCAAGGCACCAGGAAGAGAGGUCGCCCUCCCAAAUACAGCACCACCAACACAACCACCAGCAGCGGCAACACGGAGCUGGGCUGCAACCCCCUGCUCUCCCCCACCAGCAGCCUUCCCGACUCCCCGGCCCCCGAGCGGCCUGACACGGGGGGCUUUCCCCUCCCUGUCCACCCUCAUUCUCUCCCCCAGCCCAGCCCCAGCUCCGGGGAUGGAGACAUCCACGAGGAUUUCUGCACUGUGUGCAGACGCAGUGGACAGUUGCUUAUGUGUGAUACAUGUUCGCGCGUCUACCAUCUCGACUGCUUGGAUCCGCCCCUCAAAAACAUUCCUAAAGGCAUGUGGAUCUGUCCCAAAUGUCAAGACCAGGUUCUCAAGAAGGAAGAGGCCAUCCCGUGGCCGGGAACCCUAGCGAUCGUCCAUUCCUAUAUCGCUUACAAAGAAGCAAAAGAGGAAGAAAAGCAAAAGUUAAUGAAAUGGAGUGCUGAUCUAAAGCUGGAACGAGAGGAACUAGAACAGAGAGUUAAACAACUCAGCAACUCUAUAACAAAAUGCAUGGAAACCAAGAACAGCAUUCUUGCCCGUCAGAAAGAGAUGCAGGUCUCUCUGGAGAAGGUGAAACACCUGGUCCGUCUCAUCCAGAGCUUUAAUUUAUCUCAGACCACGGAGACGGACGUCCCGCAGGAUUCCAAACCAGACCGCACUGAGUCGGGAACCAUCAAAGACUCCACAGACGCUACGCAAGCGUGCGUAAAGGAGAAUCCCACCGAGCCCAGCGUGCAAGUACCGGUCACCGUUGCGGUCCCAGAACCCCAGACAGAACCCGAGGUAGGCGAAAUGGCAGAGCCGGCAACCGCGGUCACACCCGAGGCUGUUGUGGGCGAGUCGAGUGUCGUGGAAAUGGCCGAAGCUUUGGUUCCAGAGCAAAUGACAGCGGCUGCGAAAACAGCAGAGCUUGCGGAAUCGCCCCAGGUCAGGGACGUUAAGACCAACGGGGGGACGGACUGCGUUUGUACCGGAUUGAACCCGGAAGAAGAGGAGGCCAUGAUGGAUGCCGCGGACUCUGAGAACAUCCCUCCCAAUGGCAGCAGCUGCGCAGAGGAUUCUGGGAAGAUGGAGGUGGAAAGGCAAGAAGAUGGAAGUCACGGAGUCAACAGCAACAACGGCAAAACCUCAGAACCUUCCCAGCAGGCUUUGCCAGCCCCUCUUAGCAGUGUGGACAACCCCAAAUAGUUCUCAGUUUCGCCCUGAACGUACUUACGUCACCAAAACAUUUCAAAUAGAUUUCUUAUUGCACCUUGAACUGGUGCGCAAAGUUGCCAAUCUAUACGUAUAUAAAUAUAUAUUAUACAUAUAUAUAUUAUCUAUAUCCAAAUAAAUGUUGUUGGUUUUUUA